AAGUAUGUGUUUUAUUUUCACUUUUGCAAUUAGGCUUACUCAUAGAAGAUGAUUGAUCUCUCAUCUCUAUGGUUAAUUACUAAUUUGGAAGAACUACUUGUAUGUAGUGCUGUAAGUAUGGAUCAGGUUUUUUGAUAUGGCACGAAGCAAGCACAAAAAAAUAUGGUUUCAACCAUGGCACAACAUGAUGUCGGAAAUUGACACCAGACAACACGAAAAAAAAAAUAAAAAAUUAAAGCACGACACAACACAAGAAGUUCAAAAGUACGACACGUGAACACGAAUAGAUUAGUAGCUUAAUGUGAACAUUAAAAAUUCUUAUAUGAUUUGAUAAUAAUAAUCAUAAUAAAAAUACAUAUUUAUAUACUAACAAAUAUUUAAAUUAUAAUUAUUUUAAUUUAAUUUUUUAUACUAUAUGUGUAAAGUAUAGUACUAGUUGAAGAAACCAAAAUUUUUCAUAUAAUUAACUUUUGAAACCGAUUAGAUUGAGUAGGUUCCAUCAAGAAGAAAAAAGAAAUUAAAUUGAUUACCUUAAAUGAUAAAAUGAAAUUGACAAGACAUCACUACUAUGCAAAAAUCACAUUGUUUCUUUUGGUGAAUUAUGCAAAACAGACUACCACUUACUUACCACUGCCUUAUGUCUUAGGACAUAGAUUGGUGGUGUUGUCAUCAUUUUAAUAAAGAAUAUUUUUUUUCAAAAAUAAAAAAGGAACGUGACAAAUAUUGUUUGUAUCAUUAUUACCAUUUCUAAUAAUUAAUCUCAACUAUAGUAUAAAAAUGUUCAUCAAGUUCUGUAAUAUUAUGUUAUAAUUUAUCUCUGAAUUAACCAGCCAUGGUAGCUCUCACAUCAAUCUCAUUACUUCUUCAUUCUCUUCCCAAUAAUAAGCUCCUUCACUACCAUUCCAACAUUAAGUACACAAAACCCAUUUCAUCAUCUUUUUCUUAUGGCCAGAGGAGCACUAAUAAAGCAUCAAGAUCCAAACUUUACACUUCCAUUUCAUCUGUUUCAACAAAUCUCACUGACCCUUUUGAGGCAGAGCUUGAAAGUAGUCAAACCCCAGAUGGGAAAUUCGACUGGUACAGCAACUGGUGUCCAAUUAUGCCGGUUUGUGAUCUGGACAAGAGAAGGCCACAUGGGAAGAAGGUGAUGGGGGUUGAUGUGGUGGUGUGGUGGGACAAGAAUGAGAGUGAAUGGAAGGUGUUUGAUGAUAGUUGUCCUCAUAGAUUGGCUCCUUUAUCAGAAGGAAGGAUUGAUCAAUGGGGAAGAUUGCAGUGUGUCUACCAUGGUUGGUGCUUUAAUGGCUCUGGAAAUUGCAAGUUCAUCCCUCAAGCUCCACCAGAUGGUCCUCCGGUUCACACUUCCAAGAGAGCAUGUGUUUCUGUUUAUCCAAGCAUUGUACAAAAUGGCAUUGUAUGGUUUUGGCCAAACACAGAUCCCAAAUACAAAAAUAUUAUAACAAAACAAAAACCACCUUACAUUGCAGAAAUGGAUGAUCCAUCAUUUUCUCAGUUAAUUGUAAAUAGAGAAUUUCAUUAUGGAUAUGAAGUGAUGGUUGAGAAUCUUAUGGACCCUGCACAUGUUCCAUAUGCUCAUCAUGGAUUAAUGAGAACAAGGCUGCCUGGUAAUGCUGAUAGAGAAGGUGGCAUACCUCUUGAAAUGACUUUGGAAAGUUUCAACAUUAAUGGUUUUACUGGAAUGAGUGAUCCUGGUUUCAACCAAUUUUAUGCACCAUUUGUUUUCUAUAGUUCUAUGCCACUUAAUCUAAAUCAAGAUAAUCAUAAUAAUAAUCAGGCUAAAAAGGAUAUUUUGAAUAAUAAUAAUAAGACAAUGGCUCUAGUAUUUAUAUGUGUUCCAAUUAGUCCUGGUAGAAGCAGAUUGAUAUUAAGUGCAUCAAAUCCAAGAAGAUUUAAUGAUUGGUUUAACAAAAUAAUUCCAAGAUGGAUAAUUCAUAUUUCAGUAAAUGCUGUUCUUGAUUCAGAUACAUAUCUUCUACAUCUUGAGGAACGCAAAAUGAUGGAUGCUGGAGUUGGGAAAUGGAAUAAAGCAUGUUUUGUGCCAACAAAAUCAGAUGUUCAUGUGGUUGCUUUUAGAAAAUGGCUUAACAAGUAUGGUGGUGGCCAAGUUGAUUGGGGUGGCAAAUUCUCUGGUGCUCUUCCUCCAACCCCUCCUAGAGAACAACUCAUGGACAGGUAUUGGAGCCAUGUAGUGAAUUGUAGUAGCUGCAGUGCUGCACACAAGGGUUUGAAAGUGUUAGAAGUAAUGCUACAAGUGAUGUCCAUAGCUCUUAUUGGAUAUGUUGGUGUAACCAAUAAACAAAGCCAAACAUUGAAGAUUGAGGAGCACUGAUAAAGCAUCAAGAUCCAAACUUUACACUUCCAUUUCAUCUGUUUCAACAAAUCUCACUGACCCUUUUGAGGCAGAGCUUGAAAGUAGUCAAACCCCAGAUGGGAAAUUCGACUGGUACAGCAACU